AUGAGAGUGCGCGAGCUGUGUCGAACUGCUGCUGCUGCUGCUGCUGCUGCUGUUGGUGCUCGGUUGUCGGUUGUUGUAAACUGGCGUGGCAUGAGAGUGCGGCGCCAGAGGCCUGCGCACUCAAUCGCGCAAAAUUACGUGCUUCGCCUAUUCCACCGCCUCAAGGCACCGAUUUUUAAGUUUCCUUUAUCAUCAGAACUUCUACUUCCUGAAUCUCGUAGCCCUACUUUGUUUGCCAAGCACCAGAAUGCAAAACGACUUAAAUGGCAGUACUCAGUGGACGAAAAACUGGAGAUCAUUGAAUUCGCUAAGGGAAAUGGAAAUCGAGCAGCUGGUAGAGAAUACAACGUCGCAGAGAGUUCAAUUCGAGAAUGGCGAAAGAACGAGGAGAAAUUGAGGGCUGCGAAUACGGUAGAGUUGGAACGACACCGACUUCCAGAACACGACGUUGAGAUCGUGCCGGUAUCGCUAGGCAGCACGCUGGACAACGAUAGCACUCUUGCAAAUACGAACGACACAACGACGUCUGCAAAUCAAGAAGCCGGUUCUACCACAUCGUCGUCGUCAUCAAGUUCUCAUUCAAACUCACCUGUAUUCAAUCCAAAUUCGUCCUCAUCAUCAUCUCGUCGAAAAGCAAAGACACCUCGAAAAAUAGUCAUCGAUCCAUAG